AUGUGCAACUGUUUAGUAAUUGCAAUUUUAACCGUGUUUGUCGUUACAAACCAACAAAAAGGAACUACAGUAGGAGCGCCACCGGUUUCUUUGUCAGCACCUCAAUGGGACCUGCUGUUCGGUGUGUACAAAGUACAAAACUGGAGGGAUUCGUGGUUUACCGCAAUCGCAGACGCAGACGGUUGGAUGGGUGUGCACGAACGUUUGCUUAGUCUGAGGGCUAGACCUGGGUCGCUGAAGAAGCUGCUCCUGAUUCCCCGGAUGAUGGGAUGCGAUUGCGGAGCAAAGCUGUAUUGGUUUCUCUCGUUGGCCGUCUACGUGGUCAAAGAGUGUGAGAGAUUUUCACAAGACAACGACGGCAGCCGAGUGGUCGCUGGUCUGGCAAGGGAUUGUUGGAACAGACUAGGAGACGGUGUCCGAAGAGGUUCGAACACCGUGUCGGAGGUGAUGGGCUCGUUGGGAUACACUCAUUACACUGUGGGCGACAACGUUGGUUCGGAUGAAUUUUACAAAAACGUCUCGAGGAUCCGAGGUUUCCUUUCCACCGUCUUAACAUCACAAGACAUUACGAAUUUUUGCGUCAAGCGGACGGACGAACUCACCGAUUGCUUGCAGGACUUUUUACAUUUUAACUGUGCACCAGAGUACCCGCCGUUUGAUAUCGAACAAUUAAUGACCGAGCACGAAACAGCGUACAGACACAUUUGCAGUUACUUGUUUUAUUUAAACAAAAUGGAUUCUUACGUCAGAUACGUAUUGGUUUUACAUGAAAUUGUUAACUGCAGAUGGGUGGAAGACUUAUCUGAUCAACUUGACUGCUUAAACAACACUGGUGAUACAAGAAAUGUUCGACAAUGCUUAGAACAGAGCUGUGAAACACACAAUGAACCAUUAACUGUUUUCUGUGCUACUUGCAAUCUAUCUAUUUGUCAUCGAUGUGCACUAUUUGAUAAUUCGUCUCAUAUUAGUCAUUCAUUUCGGCCAAUCGAGGAAAUUUAUAAUGAAACCCUGACAAAACUCGAAGAUGAGUGUGAUAAUCUGAAAGGCAAAGAAGAACUGAUUAAAAAGGAUAUUAAAGAAAUUGAUAAAAAUAUUAAAGAUGUACAGCAAGCCAAAGAUCAAAAAGUGCGUGAAAUUCGCACGGCAAUUGAAUGUAUGAUGAUGGAUUUAGAAAAAGAUCUUGAUACCAAACUUACAACUUUAUUACGCCAAAAAGGUCAUCUAGUCCACGAAGCUGAACAAAUUGAAGAGUUUUUACAUGACUGUGAUUUGGAAGUCUCUCAAAUGACAAUGUCUCAGCUAAUUAGUAAUGCUCCUAGGUUUAUGAGAACUGUUACUAUUAUGCAGCAAAAGCAAGCUCCAUUAUUAAUUCCUGUGUAUCCCGAGUUCCAUAGUGCCGUGACCCCUAAAUUUGAAGGAGGUACUUUGACUAUAAAAUCAUUUUCUGAAAAAAUAACUCAAUCUGAACCUAUCUAUUCAUUGCCUAUUGGAUGUAACGGUGUCAGUUGGAGACUCAAAGUAUAUCCUAAUGGGAACGGUAUUGUAAGAGAUAGAUAUUUAUCUGUAUUUUUGGAAUUAACUUCAGGUCCACCUGGUGUUUCUAGGUAUGAAUAUCGUAUUGAAAUGAUAAAUCAAUUGAAUAUAAAUGAUCCCUCCAAAAAUGUACUUAGAGAGUUUACUUCAAAUUUUGAGAUUGGUGAAUGUUGGGGAUACAACAGAUUUUUUAGACUAGAUUUAUUGGAAAAUGAAGGAUUCCUACAGCGAAACUCUUUAAUUUUAAAGUUUAGUGUAAGGCCACCAACAUAUUAUCAAAAAUGCAUUGAACAACAAUGGUAUUUAUCAAAAUUGGAACUUGAAAACUCUUUAUUAGUACAAAAAUGUGAUGAACUGAAACAGAAAGUACCAGCUAAAGUGAAACCUGUAAUUAAAGAGGUUUCAAGUCCUAAAAAGAAACUUAAAAUUAAAAUUCAAUCAUUACUUGAUGAGUUUGAAAGUGUUGAAGCGACUGGAAGUAUCGAUAAAAAUCCAAAUGAAGAUCAUGGAAGUCAAGGAGGGUCUUGUGGUAUUGAAAUUGCCUCUAACUCAGUAUUACCUCCCUUUUCGUUACAAAAUUUGUAUGACAGUGAACUUCCCAUUCGUUUCCAAGGUGAAACAGCGCAAUCAAUGUUCGAAAGACUCAGUAGACUUUUUCAAGAAAAUGAAAUUAUUCCAGAAAGACCAAUUAAUGUCGGUAGUAUCAAUAAUUCAUUGUUGAAUAACGUAGAACAGCCUAGUCAACCUGAUUUUAAUUUGGAUAAUCGUUUGCGUGUUUAUGGGGUUAACCAUUUUAACUCGCCGAAAAGAUUAAGAGUAGCUGAAAAUGCACAAAUGGUUAAUAAAAUUCAGUCUGAAAUAACGGAAGCUAGGUUUCGCUUAACAAAAUUGGAAAAUGCUAUGCUUAACAGUCAAACAAUUGCAGAAUCUUUUUCUGAACCGACUUCUUCUAUUCCGAACAAUUUGACAUUAGCAACAAAUUCAGUGGAAUUACUACAAUCAAAUUUGGAACAUGAUUUGAUGCAUGAAUUACAUGGUGCUACUAAUUCCAAUACAUUAUCCAUGGAAAAUGGUGAAACUGAAGAACAAGGUACAUCAGAAGACAGUUUUUUGAAAAACUUGACAAAAGGAUUAGAUGAAAUGCUUUGUUUAGAAGAUGUCUAUAAAGAUAAUUGGGAUAUUGCAGAAAGUUCAUCGAGCGAGAGUGAAUCGAGCCCGAGCGACGAACCAGUAGGCCCUGGUCAUUUGAGUCAAAAUUAAUAAUUUAUUCAAUAUAACUAUUUUUAAUUUUAACAUUUAUUAUCUAUAAAUGAUACAACAGUCCCAUACCAUUAUAGUCACAAAUUAUUUAUUAUCGA